UAGUGUUAGUGUCCUAUAUUUUUCUUCUGAUGAUGACACCAUCUACAUGUUGGGUCAUUCACUAUUUUUACUUUGUGUAACAGUGAUGCUUUCUACUAGAAACUGGAUGGGACUGUUUACAUACCGUUGGAAGUUGAAAACAUUUAGUAAAUCUAUUCAUGAAAGAUUUUGCCAUACCAGUUUAGCAGAAUCUUACAUCUCAGAAGGAUCUGUUUAUGUUCAUUGGCCAUACUGUAGACAGAGGUGCACUUACUGCAAUUUCGUUAAAUUUAUCCCACACCAGAAGUCGCAGUUGACGUUGCAAAAUGAAGUUCUGGAAGAUGCAUUGCCCGUGGACCCAACCCCAAGUGACUUCAAGCAGAACCAGGGGUGGUAUUCACGAAAGGUCUUAGACUCCGAAAUUUGUCUUAGACAUACACACACAAAAAGAAGAAAAAAAGAUGAUUUGCCCCGUUUCUACAUCUCAAAGUUAAUGCUGGUUGAGGAACUUCAGAAUGCACUUCGGAGUUCGUACAUCUCUACAGUCAAAAGCGUUUUCUUUGGGGAGGUACUCCAUCUUUGGCGCGUCCACACUUAAUUGAAGUAUGUGUUUAGUGGUGACACCUUAUCGGCAAGGCAAGAUAAAAGUCUUGCUACCCUGACUGUGUAACUGAAAGGACUAGAGGCUUGCUCCCUUGCGUAACUGAAAGGACUGAUUUUGUACCACAUACCCUUCUCCCACGAAUCUUCGACCAUGAGCAGAGAGGUCCGGGGUGUGUGAGUGAGUGCAAAACACGUGCGUGGGCAAGGCUGUGUAAGGGCAUGGACAGGUACAGAGUACGUGCAUAAGUAACGUGCGUGGCACAUACGUGAGCCAGUGCGAGGUCACAUAACGCAAGAACAAGAAAGCAUGCCGGACAAAUUGCAAGUCUGUAAAAAGUGCAUAGUGACUAGUGUGCCAUCCAUAUAACUAGUUCAUUAUCCGCUUUACUAGUAUGUCAUCGUGUUACUGUUGUGUUAAUUUUUCGACUAUGACAGACGGGUAUUCUCGGACGAUAUUUAUAAUUAGAUUUAUUGUGUGUUGAGAAUGAAUCUGAUGAUCAUUUCCGCCGCAUUCAUCAGUCGAUAAUCCUGAUAGCAGGGGAGGGCAUGAAGUACAUCAGGGAAAUUACAGGGUAAAAAAAAAAGCUGAAAUAAGAAGAAUAGAGAAAAUUAAUAAAACCAGCACAAAAAACGCCUAAAAUCGGUCAGUGACAACCUACGAACCGAGACGCCAACUUUCGAAAAAUCCUACAGGAAUCAAACCCAUCGUCAGGUAAAAUCUAUGGGAUUUUACCUAUUCCAAAUGGCUCAAAUAUCAAGCUAUGAUAGAUACUAAAAAUGACCCGGAAUCGACAUAAUCGACGUCACAGAAUGGCGUCGCCUGUUAAAAACAUGUGUAAAUAAUUAUAGAAACAUAUAAAAGAAGUAUAAUAAAAAUGAAUUACGAAAAA